AUGUCAAGCAACAACGCGUCCAACCCUUCCGGCUCCGACUCUUCCUCUGGCGGUAAGGGUAGCUACGAAGUCACGAGCUCUGGCACCAACGAUCAGGGCAAUCACUACUGUCAUCGCAAUCAUGGCUCCGAUGCUUCAAACCAGAACUCAUACCACUACUCCAAUACCGACGGUUCAUACUACUACUCGAAUGCCGAUGGAUCGACGUACCAUAAUGAUGGGAAGGGUGAUGCCACCUACACGCCGUCCGAUGGGAAGAAGUAG